UUAUCCAUCUAAUAUUUCUUUAUUAUGACGUUUAACAACUGUCACAACUAUGUAUUACGGUUACACGCGCAUUACUAAAAGUUCCCUGAUACAUAAGUAAAGCUAUUUCAAAGUCUGAUAAUUUUUAUAAGACUAUGCAAAAAUGAAUGAAUGAGAACUCGUUAAUAACUUUGCUAUUUCCUUUUCAUUUCAAUGGAAAAACCUUGAGAUACUUCUUUUUUGUUUUGUGUGAUGUGUAAUCAAAGGGACGAAAUAUCGUUUAGAGGUGCAAAAAAAAGAGACUGUGAUUUGCACGGACAAAAAGACUACAGAAAGUGUUGAUCCAUAUGCCGCCGGCCGGGCUAUCGGCAAGGGGCUUGUCUACCUUGAUGGACCACGGACAACCAGAUGCUCGUCAUCGGAGCGAGCGGUUUCUACUUUAUCCAGAGAAUGGCUCCACAUAUUCUCAUUCUUCUAGCACAGCCACUUUGUCUCCACGAUAUCAAUCUGGAAACAGAGGGAACAAUCAUUCCACCAGUUACGGAUAUUUGUAUGGACGUACGUCCAGCAACAAUAUGUCUGACAGCAGUGUUUCUGAUACACACAGUGGUGGUACAGCAAGAACUGUUUCUCAACAAACUAGUCCAUCUCAUGGAACACAUUCGUCAUCUCGAUCACGACAAGAUAAUAGCUCAACUAUUUUCACUGCACUAUUUGAUUAUGUUGCUCAAGGUGAAGAUGAGUUAUCUUUACAAAGAGGUGAAACUGUCGAGGUUUUGUCUAAGGACUCUAAAAUCUCAGGUGACGAGGGAUGGUGGACAGGAAAAAUUCAUGGGAAAGUUGGUAUUUUCCCAGCAAAUUUUGUUGCCGAGGUAGAAAGCAUUGACAGGGUAUCGUCAGUGAUUGAUAAAGUUCAACCGGUUGAAAUAGAUUUUGAAGAAUUGCAAUUGGAAGAAGUUAUAGGUGUUGGUGGUUUUGGUAAAGUGUAUAGAGGGUUUUGGCAAAAGCAUGAAGUAGCUGUCAAAGCAGCUCGUCAGGAUCCAGAUGAGGAGCCUAGUGUAAUAUUAGAAAAUGUCAGACAAGAAGCAAAAUUAUUUUGGUUAUUAAAACAUGAAAAUAUUGUGCAAUUAGAAGGUGUUUGCUUGAAAAUGCCAAACAUGUGUCUUGUCAUGGAAUACGCUCGUGGGGGUAGUUUAAAUAGAGUUCUUAGUGGUAGAAAAAUCAGACCAGACGUUCUUGUAGAUUGGGCAAUUCAAAUUGCACGUGGUAUGGAUUAUCUUCAUAAUAAGGCACCUGUCAGUCUUAUUCAUAGAGACCUAAAGAGUUCUAAUGUGUUACUAAGUGAACCUAUAGAAAAUGAUGAUCUUCAAUAUAAAACACUAAAAAUAACAGAUUUUGGAUUGGCAAGAGAAGUUUAUAAAACCACACGUAUGUCAGCUGCAGGAACGUAUGCCUGGAUGGCUCCUGAAGUUAUAAAAAAAAGUACUUUUAGUAAAGCUAGUGAUGUUUGGAGUUAUGGUGUACUUUUAUGGGAAUUGUUAACUGGUGAAACACCCUAUAAAGGUAUAGAUGCAUUAGCUGUAGCAUAUGGUGUUGCAGUCAAUAAAUUGACACUUCCAAUCCCAUCAACUUGUCCUCAACCAUGGAGGUGCCUCAUGGAAGCUUGCUGGUCAUCAGACAGUCAUUGCAGACCUGGCUUUGUGGAAAUUUUAUUGGCAUUAGAUGAAGUACGUAGUGCAUUUGCAGCAACACCACACGAAUCAUUUCAUACAAUGCAAGAAGAUUGGAGGCUUGAAAUUGAGCAAGUUCUUCAUGGAUUGCGCAUGAAAGAGAAGGAAUUGCGCUGUAGAGAAGAGGAAUUGACAAAAGCACAAGUGCAACAACGACAACACGAAGAAAACUUGCGGCAACGAGAACAAGAGUUAGCGGCUCGUGAAAUAGAUUUAUUAGAACGUGAAUUGACAGUAAUGAUAAUUCAACAACAAAAUACACCCACGCCUAAUAAAAGGCGUGGUAAAUUUAAAAAGUCGAGGUUAAAACUGAAUAAAAAAGAACCAGGAAGUAAUAUUAGUGCUCCUUCAGAUUUCCGUCAUACUAUAACUGUUCAGCAUACGGCCUUAGACAGAGGAAAAGGUAGAAAUCCAUCAAAACCAAACAGUCCACCAGGUUCACCUAGUAUUCCAAGACUACGUGCAAUCGCAUUACCAGCAGAUGGAGUUAAGGGUAAGACUUGGGGACCAUCGACUCUUCAUCAACGAGAGCGUGGAGCUAUAAUCACACAGCCACCAAAUCCUGCAUCGCCCGGUGGCAAACGGUGGUCUCGUUCUGCGCCAGAUCUUGAAAAGACUCCACUGCGUACAGCUUUGCUGGCAAGCGCACAUCGUUCCCCGCUUCUGCAAGAAAUAGAUUAUACAGCAUUACCAUCUGAUCUCUCAACCGACUGGGUAACACCGGAUUAUCCUUUAACACCUGGAUUGACUGGUCCUUACAUCAUGCCAAUGCCUGUUCCUAUGCCUACUCUUUACAAUGGUGAAAUGAAAAAACCAAAGUUAAGCAUAAUUGAGCUGGUAUUAUACAAUAUCGCAGCCAUGUUGGCUGGUGUGGCAACAGGGUAUGAUGUGCGAAUGUCAAACAUAUCUCCAAUUCAUCCAAGACUACAUCCACGAUUAAAUGAAUGCGAAGAUGAUCUACCAAGAUGGUGGUUUCAUCCAGAAACUGGAUCAAAUCGUAAUUCUGGUUAUCUUGGUCCUGACUAUGAGUUUAGUUCGAGCAGUGGUUAUCCUCAUAAUACUUAUCAUGGACCAGCCCGUCAUUAUAGGCCAUUUUUGAGUAAUAUGGGUGGUAUAGCCCCGGGUCUUCCACCUAGUGUCAUACCAGAUAAACCAUUACGGUUUACAGAUUCACCACAACAUUAUGUCAGUAGUUCAGGUUCUAAUGCCCCAACACCAAGCCCACGUAGAAAAAGUAGUAGUACAAGUAAUGAAGAUACAUACCCAUCUGAUACGGGUAGAGUUGAACGUAUAGAAAGGGGACCUACAAUUUACUUGGGAAAUGUUGCAUCAUUUCCUGACUAUGGACCACCAGUCUAUGCAGUUGUUUCAUCGGUAAGACGCAACCCGCCUGAUACAUCUUAUUUUGUACACCCGGAUUAUCAUGACCGAAUGUUAGAUUGUCCUGAAUUUCCACAUGCAUAUGACAAUCCGAGUAGUAUAAACAGUACUGCUCGACCUGCAUCAAGACUUCCUUCGUACACACAUCAUCGUACCCCGUCGAACGUUUCCAACGCAAGUACAUCAAGUCAGAGUAACAUUAAUCCAACAUUUCGUUUAGAGGAUGAAGAAAAUUACUCUUUAUAUCCAGCAGGUUCCUAUUAUCCACGAUCAUCCAACAUUAUCUCAAAUAUAGCAUUAUAUAAUUCUGGUAUCCUUAAUCAUGAAUAUGGUUCGACAUUUUUAUCACGUCAAAAUUCUCACGAAUCAAAUUCGAAUUCUGGAGAACGUCCAAGUAAUCUUGAGGUAGUGACUCGAUUACGUUCAAGUUUGAAACGAUCUAAUUAUUCUUAUAAUUCCCCAAAUAAAGGUACAAGUAAAAAUAAUUCUGGGUCUUGUACCCCCACGAAUCCUACACCACCAGAUUCACUAACAUCGGAAGAUUCGAGUUAUGUUUCUGCAAAAGAUAGUCAAAUUUCUAUAAGUAGAGUUCGAUUUUCUCCUGUAACAUUUGAUCGAGAUGGAAUUUCACGCGAUCAUAGAGAAACCUUAUUAGAUAUUCCUGUUCAUGGACAAACGCAAGAUGCAACGGUACCUUUACAAGCCAACCGACGUCCGAAUAGAAAUAGAAAACCAAGUAUCUCUGAAUUAGAAAGAGAAUUUUUAUCAUAGCACUGGCUUAUUUAAAAUAAU